AUGCCGCUCUCUCUGCCACGAGGUCUGUCGCCUGUAAGGCUGCUCGUUGUCUUCCUCCUUCUCCUAUCUCUCCUGGUCUUCCGAUCCUACUACCUCCCCUCUCCCCAAGGCUCCGAGAACUGGUGGAGGCGGCCACAGGCAGACUCCCCGGAGAACUUAAGCGAUGUCGACCUCGACAACGAUUUCAGCGACAUUGAAGACCAUGGCUUGACCUCAGAGAUUCCCGACUUUGCCGACGCGGUCAAAGCCACCACCUCCGCCCCUUCGUCCUCCUCCAGCCCCAAACCAGCCUUCGACCCGUCCAUCCCGGCCUGUCGUCAAUUACCGGGCGCGGACAAGGUUGUGGUCAUGGUCAAAACCGGUGCCACCGAAGCUUUUGCUCGUGUGCCCGAGCAGAUUGUCACCCUUGCGGACUGCGUUCCCAACCUCAUGAUAUUUUCUGAUAUGGCGCAAGACAUUGGAGAAUUCCACCUCUAUGAUGCGCUGGACGAGGUGGGCGAGGAAUACAAGGAAAACCAUGACGAUUUCCAGUUCUACAAAAACAUCCAUGCGGUACACGCUGCUCACGGUGACGUGAGUGUGCUGGGGUCUGAGAAAGGCUGGAACCUGGACAAGUGGAAGAACAUCCCCAUGCUGCACAAGGCAUACACCGAGUAUCCUGAUGCAGAAUGGUACGUCACGAUUGAUGCAGACACGUAUCUUGGCUGGACAAACCUGUUACACCUGUUGGCCCAUCAGGAACCGGAUGAACCACUGUAUGCAGGAUGUGUCUACUGGCAUGGUCCUACAGCCUUUGCUCAAGGCGGAACUGGUUACAUCCUGUCUCGGAACGCCGUUCAAAGAUUCGAAAAGAUUCGAACUCCGGAAAAGAUCGCGGAUUGGGAAAAGGAGACCUCGACCAUCUGCUGCGGGGAUGUCAUGCUUGGUGUGGCAAUGGGCCAUGCCGAAGUCGGUGUCAGCGGUGUCUGGCCAAUGUUCCAAGUUGAUCCUCCUUCUGCUCUCGGAUGGAGUGACCGGAUAUGGUGCACUCCGGCUAUAACCUGGCAUCAUUCACAUUCGUACGAUAUCGAAGCUCUUUGGCAGUUUGAAAGGGAAUGGAUCAACAAGACCUGGGACGAUAAGACCCUGAGUGCGAAGCCGUACCUGUACGCGGAUGCGUUCGAGUACUUUGUUCAACCUCUUAUCGCCGACAACAAGACGGACUGGGACAACUACUCUGCGGACAAGGUCUUUACUAAACCGUCCGAGGAUCACGUCAAGGAGAAUAACGACUGGGACUGGAAAAACGAUGAAGAAAAGCAGGAGUUGUGGGACAGCCUUUCCAUCUUGGAGAAACGGGCCACGAAAUCCGUCAAGCAGUGCCGUAAGGCGUGUGAAGCCGAUAGUGGCUGCAUACAAUUUUCCUGGCAUCCAGGAACAUGCAAAUUGAACAACGCAAUCAAGAUCGGUCAUGCCGUCGAUCCAGAGGCGGAGACCACGUCGGGUUGGAUGCUGGAUCGCAUUGACCAGUUCAAAAAUUCCAGGGAAAAAUGCGAGGUCAAGUGGGAAGUGGAUCAUCGGUGA